AUGGCAGCAAGACGCGAUUUAACACUUGCUGAAAACGUAGAGUUGAUUCGUAAAAACGAACAAAAUGUACCGUACCGUAAAUUGGCUGGUGAGUACAAAAUCUCGAUCGGAAGUGUUUCAAAUAUUGUUAAGCGCAAAGUUGAGUACAUUGAGAAUUAUGAACAAAAUGAAAACUCAAACAAGAAGCGUAAUCUACGUGAUGAAUUCAGUCAACAACUAGAUCAGAAAGUAUAUGAAUGGUUUGUACAACAACGCAGUAAGAAUAUUCCUAUCUCGGGUCCUCUUUUGCAAGAGCAAGCAAGACAAAUUCGUCAACAACUAGGUGGUUCAAAUGCUGACGAUUUCAAAGCAAGCAAUGGUUGGCUAGAAAAGUUUCGCAAACGUCAUGGUAUACAAUAUCGAACUAUCAAUGGUGAAUCAGCAUCAGUCGAUCCUGCAACUGUUGACGAGUGGAAAAAGCGCCUGGUGGUAAUGAUUGACAAAUAUAAUCCCAAUGAUAUUUAUAAUGCAGACGAAACUGAAUUAUUCUUCAAAGCACUACCAAAUCGUUCGCUUGUUACGGCCAAAGAUUCUUGCAAAGGCGGGAAACGGUCCAAAGAACGUUUUACAGUUUUGCUGUGUACCAAUAUGACAGGUACAGACAAAUUAAAACCGCUUAUGAUCGGUAAAUCUGCUAAUCCACGAUGCUUCAAGAAUUUAAAUGUGAAAAACUUACCUAUUACCUGGCGAUCAAAUCGUAGCAGCUGGAUGACAGCCAGCCUCUUUGAAGACUGGCUGAUUACCGUGAACAAAAGUAUGAUUAAACAAAAGCGUAAAAUUUUAUUGUUUAUGGACCAUGCACCAUGUCAUAAUCCCGACGUUGAAUAUUCCAACAUAUGUGUUAAAUUCUUUCCUCCAAACACAACAUCGAAGCUACAACCACUUGACCAAGGUCAACAUCUUGUGAAGCAUGUAAUAUCACGUUGUGCCCUUGCUACAUCACCAGAUGACAUUAUUAUUACUGCUCUUGAUGCUGUAACUUGGACAAAAAAUGCUUGGGAAAGUGUCACUCAAUUAACAAUCCGCAACACAUUUCGUAUGGCAGGCUUCGCUCAUCCAAAUACUCAAGAUACUAUUAGUGGUACAAUCGACAAUGAAAAUGAUACAAAUGAAGAAACUAUUAUUGAUGAUAUUACAACAGCAUUAAAAGAUCUUGAUACUCUUCUUGCUCAUAUUCAUAUUGAUGGACAAAGUCUUUCAGCAAGUGAAUUCGUCGAAAUGGACUUAGAUACACCAACUUUCAAUGAAUGGAAUGAAUCUGACAAUGAUGUAAUCAUUGUCGAUGAAGAAUAUGUCAAUAAAAAACAUAAUAAUAAUGAUCAGGAUGAUGAUAUACUAACUGAAGCACCACCAAAACUCAUCGAUGCAAUGGAAAUGGCUAAAAAGUUACACCUGGCUUCUACUCAAUAUCCAAAAUUACAUUCACUUAUUUCUCAAUUAGAUUCACAACUGACUCAACUCUUUAUCGAUUCCAAAGGUGCGAAACAAACUAAGAUUGAUGAUUUCUUUUGUAAAAAUUAA